AUGAGCACUUCUAAUUUACAGGGUCAACCACCACCGUCUCCAACAACCCAAACUAUCGCAUCUCCAAACGACCACAUCGUCCAAACGAGUGCAGAUCAGUUAACAGCGUGCCAAAUUUGCACUAACCCAAAAAACCAGGAAAUGAUAUGCUGUUCAAUCUGUCAUGCACAAUUUCAUAAAAGUUGCACUAACGCCAAUGCGUCCUCGCUUACCGAUUGGCAAUGUCAGGCAUGUCAUCUAGCAAGCCCAACUUAUAAUUCUUCUGCCAAAGCACCUGCUUCAAACGUAUCCAGGAGCUCUCAACCACGUAGAGUAGCUUUGGAAUUGCAACGAGCAGAAGAAGAACGCAAGCUAGCUCUAGCUGAGCUAGCAAUAAACAAAGAAUUCUUGAGAAAGAAAUACCAGAUUCUGGCCGAGGAAUGUGAGGAAAACGAGAGCAAGAGCAGCCAGUCUGUGUCUGUGAACGCAUGGCUUGAAGGCCAACGAGAAUUUGCAAAUUCUAACAGCACAAUAAUUCCACAAAAAAUGCCUAACAUCAACUCCGGAACACAGAAAGAUUUGCAUGAUUCCCAUUCCAUGCCAACCGGAGAAAAAACCGAUACAAAUCUAAUUGAAGUAGGCGAAAGCGUCAGAUUUUCUUUGCCAUCAAUUCAACAGGCAACAAAACAACCACCUAUAACCACAAUAACAUCCAGUCAGCCACAGGGAGUCCCCGAUGCUCCUUUGAAUAAUGUGAAUACUUACCUAAAUACUGCUCCAUUAGUUCCAAACGCAACCGAAAUAAACAGAAUAACAAAUACAAAUUCAACAUUUUGUAAUGUUCCAGCAUCACUUAUAUAUUCAAGUCGCCCUUCAGAAGGCGGAUGUAUACACCCGCAAAACGUUAAUACUCAAGAUGGGAUAUUUCCAGCGAGUAGUGGCAAUCUAAAUUCAAAUUCAUUCACAUCAUCAACACAAAUAGCAUGUUCAAAUUUAACAAAAGAGCAAAUACAGGCGAGGCACUCCGUCCCAAAAGAGCUGCCUAUAUUCUCCGGCCAACCGGAAGAGUGGCCAGUCUUUAGUUCCACAUUUGACUGGUCUACAAUGAUCUGUGGGCUGACCGAUGCCGAAAAUCUUUUACGGAUGCAAAGGUGCCUUCGAGGAGAAGCUCUUCGCUCAGUACAACAUAUCCUUGUUCAUCCAUCCUGCGUUCCUGCUGCAAUUUCAACUCUUAAACUUCUUUUCGGGCAACCAGAAAAGAUCCUGCAGUCUAUCAAAAUAAGAAUUAAAUCUACACCACCGAUAAAUACAAAUAAAUUGGAAUCAUUUACUACCUUUGCCAUUAACGUCAAAAGUCUUAUCGCCACCAUCGAAGCAUGCGGACUGCAAGAUGAGCUGAAUAAUUCGUCACUUCUCCAAGAGCUUAUAGAAAAAAUGCCUACGCAAUACCAACUUAUUUGGGGAACACAUAAAUUAGAUUUAUUAAAAUUAAAUCAGAGACCUAACCUUCUUGAGUUUUCCAAUUGGAUCUUUAAUUUUGGACUUUCUGCUAGCAGUGUGACCGUGACAACGAAUGUAUCCGCGAGCGAAAACAAUAUCCGAAAUAAAACAAAAAAUGCUUUCAUAAAUGCACACCGUGAAGUGCAACAGAGAAAAUGCUAUGCGUGCAAAAUGCUCUGUAAGAAUGUAGCCAACUGUGAAUACUUUCUGAAAGCCGACCGCGGUGAACGAUGGAAUAUUGUGCGAAAGAAUAAUUUAUGUAAACAGUGUUUAUACCCACACGCUUAUAGGGUAUGCAAGAGCGAGAAAAAAUGUGGCGUCAACGGCUGUUCUUACAACCAUCACGCUCUUCUCCAUCGCUUCUUUCCAGAAGUAAACAAACACGAUGAAAGAGACGGUGCACUAGACGAGAUAAACGUCAACGCGCAUAGUGAAUUAAACCACAAAACAUUGUUUAAAAUCUUGCCUAUAACUGUCUAUGGAAAAAACAAAACAAUUAAUACGUUCGCAUUCAUAGACGAGGGUUCAUCUGUAAGCUUAUGCGAGGAAGAUUUAGCAAUCGAGUUAGAAUUGGAAGGAACCCUACAUCCACUGUGCCUGAAAUGGACUGGGCAUGUGCAGCGGACCGAGAAUACGUCCAAGCGUAUUGCAGUAACUAUCAGUGGUAUAAAGGGAAGGCCUUCAGUAUUAGAAGUGCACACUGUUCGUAAGUUAUCACUUCCAACACAAACUCUUAAUUACGAAGAGCUAAGCGCAGGUUUUCAGCAUUUACAAAAUCUACCCAUUUCCAGCUUCAAGAAUGCUACACCGCAGCUGUUGAUUGGUGCUAACCACUGGAGCUUAGGAAUUCCUAAAGAAAUACGCGAAAACAAAUCCUCUGAGCCAGUGGCAGUGCGUACCGAACUAGGAUGGCUUAUAUAUGGAGGUGGGAAAGAUUUUAAAGACUCCUUUAAUCUUCAUAUCUGCGUGGUUGUUUCUAAAAAAGUAACUUUGGAAGAAGAUCGUGGAAUUACGCUACUUAAAAAGCACACCAAAAGGCGAAUCGAUAACCAUUUUGAGACUGGCCUGCUGUGGCGAUUUGACGAAUUCUCUCUGCCAGAGAGCAUCACAAUGGCAAAAAAUAGACUGCAAUGCUUAGAGCGAAAACUAAAGCGGCAACCAGAACUACUCGAGGUAUUUAGAAGAACUAUAAAGGAUUACUUAUUAAAAGGAUACAUUCGUAAAUUGCCCUUAACCGAAUUAAACCCAAAUGUACCAAAUAAAACUUGGUAUUUGCCAAUUUUCGCAGUCUUCAAUAAAAAUAAACCAGGUAAGGCCCGCGUAGUCUGGGACGCUGCAGCCAAAUCGCACGGUGUGUCUCUGAAUUCUCUUCUAAUUAAAGGACCUGAUCUACUCACGUCUCUGCCUGCCAUACUGUUCCGCUUUAGGGAGAGAUCAAUUGCUAUUUGUGGAGAUAUAGAGCAAAUGUUUCACCAAAUCUUUAUACGACCAGAAGAUCAAGACGUCCAGAGGUUCUUAUGGCGAGACGGCGAUGAUGCCAAGCAACCUGAUGUUUAUGUUAUGAACGUUAUGAUCUUCGGCGCGUCUUGUGCUCCUAGUACAUCGCAAUUUGUUAAGAAUCUGAAUGCUUCAGAGUUUGAAGGAAAGUUUCCUGAGGCCGCUAAAGCAAUCAAAGAAGACCACUAUGUGGACGACUUUUUAAAGUCGGUAGACACAGUUCAAGAGGCAAUAAAACUGGUUGCAGAUAUUAAGUUUGUGCACAAACAGGGUGGUUUCAAUAUAAGAAAAUGGACUUCAAACAGCAACGAAGUAGUAUUAUCAAUUGAAGAGGACCAAUCCAUGCUAGAGAAGAGUCUGGAACUUAUUGACGAACCAGCAGUAGAAAAGGUACUUGGCGUAUUCUGGAUACCCAAAGAGGACAUGAUAACGUUCAAAACUUCUUCAGCAAUUCUGCAAAACGAUAUAUUCCUAGGAAAAAGACCACCCACCAAAAGAGAGAUGCUCCGUAUCUUAAUGUCCAUAUACGAUCCCCUUGGACUAAUAGGAAAUUUUCUUAUGUAUUUGAAGAUACUUCUACAGGAAGUAUGGAGAAGCGCAGUCAACUGGGAUGAACCAAUUUUAAAUGCACAAGCAAUUAAAUGGAUCCAUUGGGUACAAUUAAUUCCCAGUUUACAAACGCUAAGAAUCCCACGUUGCCACCUGCGAUAUUUUACGAACUAUGACGGCAUUGAAACACAACUACACACGUUCGUUGACGCAAGUCAAAAUGGUUACGCUGCAGUGUGCUAUAUUCGAAUCUCUGACGGUCAGAGAACUUCAUGCUCUCUAAUCGGAUCAAAAACAAGGGUAGCACCACUCAAAAUUGUGUCAAUUCCGCGCCUGGAACUUAUGGCAGCCGUCAUAGGUUCAAGAUUCGCAAAAUAUAUUUUGGACAGUCACUCUAUUCGCAUUGUCAAACAUUUCUACUGGUCAGAUUCAAGGACUGUACUCAGUUGGCUGCGAGCGGCUGACCAUCGCCAAUACCAUCAGUUCGUAGCUUUUCGUGUAUGCGAAAUUCUCGACAAUACGGAAUUAAAUGAGUGGCGCUGGAUACCAACUAAAUUAAACAUAGCGGAUGAAGCAACGAAGUGGUCAAAAACUCCAGAUAUAACUCAAAGUAGCCGGUGGUUUACUGGGCCAAUAUUUUUAGAGCAGGAGGAAGCGAAUUGGCCAAAAGAAGAUGGUGACAUAAUAUCAACAGAUCUUGAAUUGAAGCACCAAAUUUUGCAUAUCUCCAUAGUUAACCCGUUGUUCAAAGUACACCGGUUCUCUAAAUGGAUCAGGCUGCUGAGAACUGGCGCAUAUGUCUUUCGAUAUGCACUGAACUUGAAGCGUAAAAAAGACAAGUGUCCAUUAAUAUACGGUGAGAUAACACAAGAAGAGUUAAAGAAAGCUGAAGCAUUGUUAUAUCGACAAGCUCAACAGGAAGAAUACGGUGAAUAUAUCGACCAUUUAAGAUCCGGGAAGCGAUUGAAAAGGUCAAGCGUCUUAUAUCAACUUUCACCCUACUUGGACGGGAACGAUUUACUUAGAGCUGACGGACGGAUCGACAACGCCAAAGUUCCUGAAACUCAAAAGCAGCCUAUUAUUCUGCCAAAAAAUAAUUACGUAACAAGCUUAAUUCUGAUGCAUUAUCACACUAUUUACCACCAUCUGAACCAUGAGACUGCGAUCAACGAGCUUAGAAAAACAUUCCAUAUAGCCAACAUUCGUACUACCUAUAAAAAAGAGGUUAAAAUGUGCCAAAAAUGUAAAAUCGAUAAGGCGAUGCCAAGGCCACCACAGAUGGCUAAGCUUCCUCCUGCUCGACUUGCCUCCUUCGCUGCACCAUUUACAUUUACUGGCCUGGACUUUUUUGGCCCCUUGACUGUUUCAGUUGGCCGACAUACGGAAAAAAGGUACGGAGCAUUAUUUACUUGCUUAACGAUAAGGGCAGUCCAUAUCGAGAUGGUGUACUCUCUUAAUACUAGCUCCUGUAUUCUAGCUAUUAGGAAUUUUAUGGCAAGGCGAGGCAUCCCAAGAGAGUUCUAUAGUGACAAUGGCACUAAUUUUGUCGGCGCAGAGAGGGAGCUACGGGAAGCUAUCAAAGAAGUCGAUGAAAAUGCUCUUAUACGAAAAUUUACAACAACUACCACGAAAUGGAACUUUAAUCCACCCGCCGCACCUCACAUGGGUGGUGCGUGGGAGCGUCUUGUACGCUCCAUUAAGACUGUGUUAUAUAAGAUUGCCCCGAGUCGAGCUCCCAGCGAUGAACUUCUCCGUAGCAUGCUGAUCGAAGUUGAAAACAUCGUCAACACUAGGCCUCUAGCCUAUAUACCUAUCGAAAAUGAUACAACGGAAGCUCUGACACCAAAUCAUUUCCUGCUGGGAAGUUCAAACGGCAUUAAACCAAUAGCAACAUACAACGACGAUCCAGUCGUACUUAAAAGUAGCUGGCUCAUGUCUCAACAAUUCGCUGAAAACUUUUGGCGAAAAUGGCUUUCGGAGUAUCUACCAUCUCUAACUCUUCGGACGAAAUGGCACGAAAAAAUAAAACCUUUGUGCGUUGGCGAUUUGGUUGUGGUGGUUGACCCUAAGUGCCCACGGAACGUAUGGCCACGAGGAAAAAUCGUAGAAGUGCGAACCGCAAAGGACGGACAAGUUCGUAGUGCUAAGGUACUAACAACUCACGGCAUACUGGAAAGACCAUCAACGAAAAUCGCAAUAUUAGAUGUGGCAGCCAGAAAGGAGUAA